UUGCCAGGUCUGGCCCAGGACAGAAUUAUUGGAGGAUCUGAGGCAGCCCCUCACUCUAUUCCAUAUCAAGCCUCCUUGCAGAUACGAUCCGUGCAUUACUGCAGUGGAAGUUUAAUUAACCGCAGAUGGAUCCUCUCUGCAGCUCACUGUGUGAAACCUCCAUACCUCAUCACUAUUGUCUUGGGAGAGCACCGUUUGUCUAAGUCUGAUGGCAACGAGAAGUACUACAGAAUCUCUAAGCUUAUCAUAUUUCCAUAUUACCAACCGGCCACGUUCAAACACGACAUCAUGCUUCUGAAGAUGAACAGACCAGCAAAUCAGAAUGCAUAUAUCAGCCCCAUACCGAUUCCAACUUCUCGUAAAACGGUGGCUGCAGGUACGUUAUGUACAGUGUCAGGAUGGGGAGUCACCUCUGUUUACAGUUACAGCCUGUCAGAUGUGCUCAUGGCUGUUCAAGUUCCUAUCAUUUCCGUCUAUAAGUGCAACAGACCUUCCGCUUACAAUGGAAGAGUGAAUAACUACAUGAUCUGCGCAGGCUAUUCCAGGGGAGGCAAGGACUCUUGUCAGGGCGAUUCCGGAGGGCCGUUGAUCUGUGAUGGAGUCAUUCAAGGAAUUGUCUCCUGGGGUAUCAGUUGCGCACAUUACAAAUACCCAGGAGUUUACACAAAUGUAGCCAAGUACAUAAGGUGGAUUAAAAGAAAAAUAAUACUUUGAGUACAGCCACACUCACCAUUCCUAGUUACUUAUGGAAAUACUUUAGCUGAUACCUGGUUAAUUAUUAUUUUUUUGCUUAUAUUAGCCCUAAAAACCACACUAAAUUUUCCAAAAUUGCCUUUUGUUGUUGGGCCAAUUAUUGCAACACACAAUUAUUCACGCAUUUAAAAAAAAAAAAUUUAAUUGAAUCUGGCAACUAACAAUUUGUCUUUAAUUAUAAUCAUUAAGUUAAACAGAAUUGACACCCAUGGAGUUAAUUGUUGACAAGAGAAAUCUCCUGCUGUGAAACGUUUGGAACCUCCACUUGCCAGUGUCAAUUCGGGAAUGAAUUUCUCUUGAAGACCAGGCUAUUUUUUCCUCUUUUAUUAGUGGAAGGAGCAGCUUUCCUCAUCAUACACAUCACAUGCUAGUGCUUUAGGUCACCACACGAUUGCUUUGUACCUUCAGCAGCUGUAACUCCAUGUCCUACAGCUUACAUUAUCUUUCACUGCAAUGGGUUGAACAGGUAGCAUAAGCCCCAUCCGUUUUGCUUACUGCUUCUUUUCUUCUGGGCCAAUGGACACAUUAAUGGAUGCCCAAUGUUCACCUGUUAAAUCCCAGUUCGGAUGCUUUUAGGCAAUGGUUAACCAUCCAGCCACUGUGGGCCUUAGAUGCAUUCUACAGGGAUUCCACUGUCCUCUUCAUGGAAUCAUACAGCACAGGAUCAGGCCAUUCAACCCAACUCAUCCACACUGACCAGUGUGGGUACCCUUCCUUAUCAACCCUGUCACCUCUACCCCUAGGUCCAUAGCCCUAUAUGUAAAACUCAUCCAAGUGCUUAUUUCAACAUUUCCUAAAUGCUGUCCGUGACACAACCUUAACCACUAUCUCAGGCAGUUCACCAUUCUCUGGGUGCAGAAGGUUCUCCUCAUGUCCUCAUUAAAUUUCUUCCCCCCCCCCCCCCCCUUAGCCUCUAUUCCAUGUCUUCUGUUUUUGUCUGCCUCUCGUAUGAGGAAAAGUUUCCUGUAGUUUCACCUAUCUGUAAUCGUCAUACCUUUCUAUCCCUCAAUCAUGACCCCUCUUAACCUCCAGCGCUCCAGGAAGAACAGAUCUAGCUUGUCCAGCCUCUCCUCGUGGCUAAAUAUUCCAUCCCUGGGAACAUCCUGGUGAAUCCCCUCUGCAUCUUCCCCAGUGCCAUCACACCCUUCCUAUAGGGUUUUGACCAGAACUGCACGUAGAACUCCAGCUGAGGCCUAACCAAGGCUUUAUAAAGUUGAA